AUGAGGCUUACGAAUCUACUCAUAACUCAAUUCUUGAUUUGGACUCUUAUUAUACAAUCAGUUUCAACUACAAUUAUCUACUACGUCACUACUCGAAGGAAUGGUGGUCGAGGUGAAAACUACGGAAGCACCAAUGGUGGAACGGAACUAUGGAUUCGAGGUGGCGGUUUUGUACCAAAUGCAUUCACUGGAUUGUCAGUGUCAAGUACGAAUUAUAAAGUAAAACUAGUAAAUUAUUAUACUAUAUACGAUUGUGACGUUGACGCCAAUGAGAUAACCGACACGCGUUUACUUUGUUAUACAGUAGCAAUGCCUGAGGGCACCUAUUUAGCUCGUGUUUAUGUGAAUGAUAAUUUGAUUUCCUUGGACCAGUAUACAAGGCAAGGCGACGCAAAUUUUCAAUCAUCGGGAAAUUAUACACCAAUGGUAACGAGUGUUUCAUCGACAACUGGUUUACCACAAAGACUAGUUACGAUAAGGGGCGAUUUUCGAACGAAUUGUUUUUUACGCGAUACAGCCUACUGUAGACAAGAGAGUACUGCAGUCAUUUCACGAAUUUAUAUUGGUGAUUUUAUCUGUAAUUUGGUCGAUCCUAUUCGUGGAGCGCUUUAUGCAGACAUUACAAACACUUUUCUUCAAUGCCGUUUUGAUAGCAAUGCGAUUGGAAUAUUCAAUGUUAGUUUGUUCGUUACAAACGUCUACGGUCGAUCUUCUACACCGUUGAGCUCACACCAACUAUCAGCCACUGGCCAAUUGUAUACUUUUCAAACUUAUCCUGUAAUUACAAGUAUCUCACCCACUGAUGGAAGUCUAAAGGGUGGCACAACCUUAACUAUCGGUGGAGAGUAUUUCAGUGACAAUAAUCCAUAUCCAUUAGUUGUAAAUAUCGCUAAUACACCUUGCACAAUCCUUAGUGUCAAUUUAACCACCAUUCGAUGUCAAAUAUCACAGCCGCUUAAUACUAGCCGAGCUCAUUAUCAUGGUGGCCGUGGCUUUCAUAUGUACUCCGAGAACACCUUCAUCGAUUUGAGUCGCCUGGGAAAUUCUACUCCUCGGAUGCCCGGCGUGAAUGCAAACAAAACAUGGACAGAUGAAGCAUCGUUCAGUGCUGGAAGUAUUUCCAAUACUACGAUAUGGUUCAUUGGAUAUUUACGCCCACCGAAGACUGCGAGUUUUAUAUUUCAAUUGAAUACGAAUGUUGCCAGUGUUCUUUACUUGAGUACAGAUGAAAAUCCAGAGAACAUUGCCCAAAUUGCUAACCGAACUUCUAGUCGAUCACAGGAAAUCUUUCUAAACAAUAAUACGAAUUAUUAUAUGAUGUGCGUCGGAUCGAUAAAUCAACGGGCCGAUUUUCGCCUAUCGAUCAACGUGAAGAUACAAGAGAGUACUGCAGUUAUUUCACGAAUUUAUAUUGGUGAUUUUAUCUGUAAUUUGGUCGAUCCUAUUCGUGGAGCGCUUUAUGCAGACAUUACAAACACUUCUCUUCAAUGCCGUUUUGAUAGCAAUGCGAUUGGAAUAUUCAAUGUUAGUAUGUUCGUUACAUACGCCUACGGUCGUUCUUCUACACCGUUGAGCUCACACCAACUAUCGGCCACUGGUCAAUUGUAUACUUUUCAAACUUAUCCUGUUAUUACAAGUAUCUCACCUAAUGAUGGAAGUCUAAAGGGUGGUACAACCUUAACUAUCAGUGGAGAGUAUUUCAGUGAUAAUAAUCCAUAUCCAUUAGCUGUAAAUAUCGCUAAUACACCUUGCACAAUCCUUAGUGUCAAUUUAACAACCAUUCGAUGUCAGAUAUCACAGCCGCUUAAUACUAGUCGAGCUCAUUAUCAUGGUAAUUUUGAACUAGAAAAAGGAGAAUAUGAUAUCGAUUGUAAUUGUAUAGGUGGCCGUGGCUUUCAUAUGUACUCCGAGAACACCUUCAUCGAUUUGAGUCGCCUGGGAAAUUCUACUCCUCGGAUGCCCGGCGUGAAUGCAAACAAAACAUGGAUAGAUGAAGCAUCGUUCAGUGCUGCAAGUAUUUCCAAUACUACGGUAUGGUUCAUUGGAUAUUUACGUCCACCGAAGACUGCGAGUUUUAUAUUUCAAUUGAAUACGAGUGUUGCCAGUGUUCUUUACUUGAGUACAAAUGAAAAUCCAGAGAAUAUUGCCCAAAUUGCUAAUCGAACUUCUAGUCGAUCACAGGAAAUCUUUCUAAACAAUAAUACGAAUUAUUAUAUGAUGUGCGUCGGAUCGAUAAAUCAACGGGCCGAUUUUCGCCUAUCGAUCAACGUGAAGAUGUAUGAAGGACGAACAGUCAUAGGGAAUGGAGAUAUCGGAACAUCUGAUGUGCAGAGAAUCAGUUAUAUUAGUUUGGACAUCCGAGAACAACAAGUNUACUCUCGAUGUAUUUUGAAUGACGAAAACCUACCCAUUUGCCGAUCAUCCACGAAUCAAACAUACUACUGUCACAGUUCAUCGAUCGAAGGUGUUCGACGAUUUUAUCCCAAGUACCAAUUAUUAUACAAUUCUCUGCAAAUCAAACACACGCCAAGCAACCGCACCAUUAGCAUUUCAUUUCAAUAUACAACAUGUCGGCCACCAGCGUUGAUUAACGCAUUACCCGCCAUCUACACCCGCGUAACAUCGAUCGGCAGAACAUCUGCACCACUUGAGGGUACAUAUGACAUUCAAUUCGAUGGAGAAACCUAUAUAUCGAUACCAGUGAAACUGACUGCUCUGGAAAUGCAAAACCUUUUCCAGUCAUUUGACAAAAUCGGUUAUGUAUCGGUGACUCGUGUCGCGAACAUACUACCAAUAGGCUUAUCGAUUAAUGCAUCAUCCGUUCGAAUUGGCGGUGAUGGAGACGUGUUCUAUAGUCUUCCAAAUGAUAUGAUGCGAACGUACCAUGAUACACCACAAGUUGAGGUUCUUGUUAAUGGUCUUGCAGCCUAUUGUUCAAAUAUAGACAAUAACUGUCAGUUUCAAGUGUCGAUUGCCCAAACUCCGAUGAUUUCAUCAAUAGUACAAAAUCAAGUGAAUUUAGUCAUUCAAGGUGUUGGGUUUAGUUCAUCAAUGAAAGGAAAUCAAGUGUUGAUUGGCGAACAAGGCUCCUGCAAUAUUAUCGAUGCGAAUUCGACGUAUAUUCGUUGUGAAAUUAACCAUGCACUAUCAGGUUCACAGAUUGUACGAGUCAAUGUCAUUGACAAAGGUUUUGCAUCGAGCAAUACUACUAUCAUGGUUACUGUUCCUCUGGCAAUUCAUUCGUUUGAUCCACCAGCAGGAGGAAUCGGAGGAGGUUAUUCAAUACUAAUUCAUGGUCGUGGCUUUUCAUCGCACACCAUCAUUACUGUUGACGGGAAAUUAUGUAUUAAUUCUCAAUGGUUGAAUUUCUCGUCGAUUCGCUGUACUGUACCUCCUUCGACGUCACACAGCGCUGGGCAGGUUAUCCUAUCUGCUGUUGAUGGACAAAUGUCAGUGAAUGCAUUAGCACGAUUUACCUACAAUUCAACGAAUCAACCUUUUGUCACGUCUAUACAACCGUCUGUUGUAACAAUGGAUGCUGGAACGGUGAAUAUCACUGGUUCAGGCUUUGGAAAUCAAUCCUUCUCCGUGUAUGUGGGCUCGAAGAGUGCUACGAUCGUGUCAUCAUCCAUGAACUUGAUUCGAAUCAAUCUACCUCAAUUACCACCUGGUCUUUAUCCAAUUAUCAUCAAUACAUCAACAGGUCUUGUUCAAUCUCCUAUUCCCAUUGAAUACCGGUUUUACUUCCAACGGAUCAGUCCUGUACUUGGUUCAUUAUAUGGUGGUGGCGAUAUUUAUAUCGAUGGUGUAGAUUUUAUCGAUUCAACAACUGUUCAAUUCCGCAGUGAAAAUAACCGUCUUCUUCCAUGUAAUAUUAUCUCUUUGCAGUCGAAUCAAAUACAUUGUCAAACGCCAUCCUUUGUUCAACAAGUGACCAUCACAGCUGACGGAGUUCAUCCACUGUACGGGCUUGGCUUUGCUUGGUCACCUAGACAAGUAACAGUACAACAAGGUGCUGUUGUCACUUGGAAAUGGGAUUCAUCACUAAGUCUUUCAACACGAAAGUAUAGAGUUCAGCAACUGUUCAAUGCAUAUGGCACAGAUCCGGUUGUUGACGGUUUUGAUUCUGGUAGCGCCACUAUUUCAGGGUCAUUUUCUUAUCAGUUCAACUCGGUGGGUACUUAUCACUAUUGGUCACCAUCGAUUACAUCAAACGAAAAUAUAAUCAUUCGGGGCGUCGUUAAUGUCAUUCCAUCAAAAUCAGAAGUAUGGACAGUUGAAGUCGUUUCAAACGAACACAAUGCUCAAACAUGUGUUUUUCCAUUUACAUUCAAUUCGAUCAGUUAUACGAACUGUACUUCGGCAAAUGAUACUCAAUUAUGGUGUUCCCCAACAUCAAUAUAUACGUGUGAACGACUCUACUGCGCAUCAGCAGGACGAACAGUCAUAGGGAAUGGAGAUGUCGGAACAUCUGAUGUGCAGAGAAUCAGUUAUAUUAGUUUGGACAUCCGAGAACAACAAAGAAUCGUAUAUGCAACGAAUUCAUCCAUUACUACCGUACAUGAAGUUCAGAAAGUACCUCUCAUGUCCCGAGCAUUUCAAAUUGGUUUCCGAGGAGUUUAUACAAUCGAAAUCCCAUUCUAUGCUGAUACGUACGAUGUUGCAAAAGCUUUAAAUGAUUUACCAACAAUUUAUCCACUAAUGGUCAACGUAACACUCGAUUCCGAUUCAUACAUAAUUACUUUUCCUGAACAGAUGGGUGAUGUUCCAUUAUUGACAAUCAUCUCGACAAAUAGCAGCAAUCGCCGAAAUGUAACAGAAGUUACCAAAGGGGCACCAUCGGGCUCAUACAUUGCUCUGGAAUUAGACGGCGCAAUCACACAAUACUUGGAUUUUUCCAACGGAUCGGUAACCAAUCAAAUGCUUGUAGACGAAUUUAAGAAAUUAUUUACCAUUCGAUGCCCACCUUCACUUUACGAUUCAACUGCAGAUCCAACAAUAAUCUAUACAAAUGACUUCGAAGGCGAUACUUCAUAUGAUGAGACAUUCAAUGUUAGGGACAUGGCAUUUUGCGGUCGCCGUGCAAUUAUAGUGACUAAUGUCGAGAAAAUUUUAGUCACGGGUAAUGUCGAUGAGACUGCUCGAACCAUGUGUUUUGCAUAUAAACUUCGUGAAGGAAAAUCCAAUAUACAAAUGUAUUUUCAAGUCGAAAGUGAUCGCGAUUUUGAUUCAGUGAUUACUGAAAUUAUAUCAAUACCUAUAUCACUCAUUUCCGACAACGGCUGGCAUUACACAUGCAUUAAUUUGAGACCCACAAUCGAACAGUACUUCUCUCUGUUUUCCUUUGCUACUUAUCUCAUCGUUCAAGAUGUUUUCCUUGAUUCGGACUCUCAAGGUGCCAUGUUUGAUACAGUCACACUACGAACAACUUAUCCCAAUGGAUACGAAGAUGAAAAUAAAGUUAGCUCAAGUGAUCAAUCGGUAUCAAAUGCAUGCACAUUUCCAUUUACCUACAACGAACAAAGCUACUCUCGAUGUAUUUUGAAUGACGAAAACCUACCCAUUUGCCGAUCAUCCACGAAUCAAACAUACUACUGUCACAGUUCAUCGAUCGAAGGUGUUCGACGAUUUUAUCCCAAGUAUCAAUUAUUAUACAAUUCUCUGCAAAUCAGACAUACGCCAAGCAACCGCACCAUUAGCAUUUCAUUUCAAUAUACAACAUGUCGGCCACCAGCGUUGAUUAACGCAUUACCCGCCAUCUACACUCGCGUAACAUCGAUCGGCAGAACAUCCGCACCACUUGAGGGUACAUAUGACAUUCAAUUCGAUGGAGAAACCUAUACAUCGAUACCAGUGAAACUGACUGCUCUGGAAAUGCAAAACCUUUUCCAGUCAUUUGACAAAAUCGGUUACGUAUCGGUGACUCGCGUCGGUAGAUGUCCAUCUUACUCAUACAACAUCAGUUGGUUCGAGAGACGAAAACAACCACAAAUAACAAUUGUCAACAUAGCGAACGUACGACCAAUAGGUUUAUCGAUUAAUGCAUCAUCCGUUCGAAUUGGCGGUGAUGGAGACGUGUUCUAUAGUCUUCCAAAUGAUAUGAUGCGAACGUACCAUGAUACACCACAAGUUGAGGUUCUUGUUAAUGGUCUUGCAUCCUAUUGUUCAAAUAUCGACAAUAACUGUCAGUUUCAAGUGUCGAUUGCCCAAACACCGAUGAUUUCAUCAGUAGUACAAAAUCAAGUGAAUUUAGUCAUCCAAGGUGUUGGGUUUAGUUCAUCAAUGGAAGGAAAUCAAGUGUUGAUUGGUGAACAAGGCUCCUGCAGCAUUAUCGAUGCGAAUUCGACGUAUAUUCGUUGUGAAAUUAACCAUGCACUAUCAGGUUCACAGAUUGUACGAGUCAAUGUCAUGGACAAAGGUUUUGCAUCGAGCAAUACUACUCUCACGGUUAGUGUUCCUCUGGCAAUUUAUUCAUUUGAUCCACCAGCAGGAGGAAUCGGAGGAGGUUAUUCAAUACUAAUUCAUGGUCGUGGCUUUUCAUCGCACACAAUCAUAACUGUUGACGGGAAAUUAUGUAUUAAUUCUCAAUGGUUGAAUUUCUCGUCGAUUCGCUGUACUGUACCUCCUUCAACAUCACACAACGAUCGGCAGGUUAUCCUAUCUGCUGUUGAUGGACAAAUGUCAGUGAAUGCAUCAGCACGAUUUACCUACAAUUCAACGAAUCAACCUUUUGUCACGUCUAUACAACCGUCUGUUGUAACAAUGGAUGCUGGAAGGGUGAAUAUCAUUGGUUCAGGCUUUGGAAAUCAAUCCUUCUCCGUGUAUGUGGGUUCGAAGAGUGCUACGAUCGUGUCAUCAUCCAUGAACUUGAUUCGAAUCAAUCUACCUCAAUUACCACCUGGCCUUUAUCCAAUUAUCAUCAAUACAUCAACAGGUCUUGUUCAAUCUCCUAUUCCCAUUGAAUACCGGUUUUACUUCCGACGGAUCAGCCCUGUACUUGGUUCAUUAUAUGGUGGUGGUGAUAUUUAUAUCGAUGGUGUAGAUUUUACCGAUUCAACAACUGUUCAAUUUCGCAGUGAAAAUAACCGUCUUCUUCCAUGUAGUAUUAUCUCUUUGCAGUCGAGUCAAAUACAUUGUCAAACGCCAUCAUUUGUUCAACAAGUGACCAUCACAGCUGACGGAGUUCAUCCAUUGUACGGCCUUGGCUUUGCUUGGUCACCUAGACAAGUAACAAUACAACAAGGUGCUGUUGUCACUUGGAAAUGGGAUUCAUCACUAAGUCUUUCAACACGAACGUAUAGAAUUCAGCAACUGUUCAAUGCAUAUGGCACAGAUCCAGUCGUUGAUGGUUUUGAUUCUGGUAGCGCCACUACUUCAGGUUCAUUUUCUUAUCAGUUCAACUCGGUGGGUACUUAUCACUAUUGGUCACCAUCGAUUACAUCAAACCAAAAUAUAAUCAUUCGGGGCAUCGUUAAUGUCAUUCCAUCAGAAUCAGAAGUAUGGACAGUUGAAGUCGUUUCAAACGAACACAAUGCUCAAACAUGCGUUUUUCCAUUUACAUUCAAUUCGAUCAGUUAUACGAACUGUACUUCGGCAAAUGAUACUCAAUUAUGGUGUUCCCCAACAUCAAUAUAUACCGGUCAACGACUCUAUUGUGCAUCAUCAGUUUCGUUGCCAUCGAAUUCUUCCUGUUCAUCGAAUAUUUUCAAUGAAAGCCUAUGUAAUCAAGCAUCGACAACAUCUCUUGGACCAGCACAAUUCCUUGCUACAAAAUGUACAUCGGAUACUGUCCUUUCGAUCUCACCCACCAAUGGAACUCUUGGAACUUUAUUGACAAUAACAGGAACGAGCUUUGCUGGAAAUAAGUGUGAAUAUGACAUUCAAAUAGGAUCAUCUUAUCAUUGUCCAAUUAUAAACAAGACAUCAACUGCAUUGAUUUGUCAAUUAACAUCGGAUUCAAUGUUGAGUGGUACCGUUGCUUACAUUGUUCGUGUAGCUCGUCGUGGUUACGGUUAUUUGAUGAGUCAAAAUCAAUUACAGUUCAAAUUCGAUGCAGGAAUAUUGAGCAUUACUCCUACAAUUGGUUCGAUCUAUGGUGGCACCGAAGUCACAAUCGAAGGUGUCGGAUUCAUUCCAGGAUACACACGUUUAUUUAUCGGUAAUAUCGAGUACACCAAUACCACAAACGUAUCUUAUUCGAAAAUUGUAUUCAAAACUUUGCUACCAGUAUUAUAUGCAAAUUACAAUUACAGUAUCAAUGUGGCAGUUCGUAAUACUCUAAUCACUUGUUCAUUGCCAUCAUGUGUCUUUUCGUGGUCAACAAGCGUAACACCGUAUCUUGAUUCGAUUACUCCACAAAUUAUUGAUCACCCGACAAAUUUUACAUUUACUGGUCGAAAUUUACUCAGCCGCAAUAGUACUACAUAUAUGGAUGCACAGGUGUAUAUAGGUGAUAAUGUUUGCAAUGUCAUUCAAAUGACGAAUAGUUCGUUGAUUUGCUCGCUUUUUGGCUUGGAAAUCGGCAGCCAUCAAGUAGUAGCAUUUAUCAAUGGUAUUGGAAGAGUCUUUUCUUCUCUCAAUAUCACAUCACGAGGCAUUCUAACCAACUUGUCACCGAAUGCGACUGGCAUCUACGGGGGCGUUCAAAUGCGCAUCAUUGGUAAUGGAUUUUCUAAUGUAAUUGAAAAGAUUCAAGUAAUGAUCGGUGAAAAUCGAUGUCCUGUUGUUCAUGCAACAGCGCACGAAAUCCUAUGUAUUAUUCCUGCACAAAAAAACAGCUCGAGUCACGCGAAUGUCACGGUAAUAACAAAUAACAACAUUCUACAAUCGGCACUUUUAUUUACUUACGACAACUCACUAACACCGAUAAUCACAUCGAUAAGCGCAACCUUGAACAAUAAUUUAACUGUACUUUCGAUUAAUGGAAACCAUUUCAUAGUUGGAAAUACAACUGUGCUCGUUGGAAAUUUUCCGUGCACUGUUACAAGUAUGUCUGUAAUGUCUAUUCAGUGUACGGUCAGUACAGAUCAACCAGCUGGACAUCAUCCAGUGAUUGUCUACGUAAGUGAUAGCGGUAUAUCGAAUACUAACACCGUCUAUUCUCAUAAUCUUCGUGUAACUCGUAUAUCGCCUUCGGAAGGAGGCUAUGGUGGUGGUCUUUCAGUUGUUGUCAACGGUGAUGGAUUUAAUAGUACAAAUCUGGAUGUUCGUAUAUGUAAUAAAUCAUGUUUGUCAGUACGAACUUUAUCAAACACUGAAUUAAUCUGUGAAACACCGAGUUUAUUGACCAACGAGACACUCGUUCCAUGUAACCUAAGUGUUACUGUCGGCGACAUGAGCCAGAGUGCGUUGUUUACUUAUUCAGUCAAUUUAACAGCAAUCAUAACAUCAAUUCAUCCGAAACGAGGUGGGACCGGCGGUGGUACAAAAGUUACUAUCAGUGGCACUAAUUUUCCAUAUCCAUCGGCUGGAGUUAGAAUCACCAUUGACGAUACAGACUGUUCGGUCAUAUCUUUCAACUUAACAAGUAUCACAUGUGAGACUGGCUUUCAUGAACAAACGAACUUAAAUGCAGCUGUACGUGUAUAUUUCAAUGGAAGUGCUAUCGCUAGCGGCGAUGUCACAUUCGAAUACAUCGACUUGUGGUCCAGUCCAUGGACAUGGGGUGGGGAUGUUCCACCAGAAGCCGAUACUAUUGUAUCGAUUGAAAACGGUACAACCGUCUAUCUCGACAUUUCAACACCUAUACUAAAAGCGUUAGUUAUCGAUAAUGCUACACUGAUUUUCGACGAGAAAGACGUUCGAUUGAACGCAGAAUACAUCUUCAUUGUAAAUGGUGGCCGCUUACAAAUCGGUACAGAAUCAGAACCGUUUCAACAUCGUGCUAUUAUCACUCUGUAUGGACAUUCGAAGUCAAUUGCUCUACCUGUUUUUGGUGCGAAAGUGCUCGGCGUACGUCACGGUAUACUUGAUAUGCAUGGAAAGACUACAGUGGCAACGUGGGCAAAGUUAGGCGUGACAGCUGACAGCGGUUCGUCGACAAUUACUCUUCAAAGUCCAGUCGACUGGCCUAUCGAUAGUCAAAUAAUCAUUGCCACUACCGGAGAUUUCGCCAGUCAGAAUGAGAGUGAAGUUCGUCGAAUAACAAAUAUUUCAUCAGAUGGACUGAUGUUAACACUCGACAGACCAUUGGAAUUCACCCAUCUAGGCACCAUUCUUCAGUUCGAUUCAACCACAAUUGAAGUACCAUUUCUACGUGGCUUUCUCGAUAGCUAUAAAAAGUCAUUCCUAUGUCAUUUAGGAACGUUUACCACUACAAAAGAAUCUUCAGUCGAUGAAUGUACUUCUAGUUUUACUCAUGACAUAUUUACUAUCGAUACGUGUUCAUCGGGUAAAUAUAGUAAUGAGGUCGGUAUGGAUAAUUUCGGCGCAGUGAUCAUCGCUGCUCCCGAUACACAGUACAUCGAUACUCGGGAAGUUCUCAUUCGCAUUUCAAAUGUCGAACUAUUCAAUGUCGGCCAGAGGAACAUUAGUUUAAGACAAGAACUAGAUAGGUAUCGUUAUCCAAUCUACUUCCGUCAAAUUGGAAAUAGCACUGUGUCCUAUGUCAAAUCAUCGUCAAUUCAUCUAUCAAAUAAUCGCGCGAUCGGCAUUCAUCGCAGUAACUACGUUACUAUCGAAAACAAUGUUAUCUAUGAUAUUGCGGGACAUGGUAUUCAUCUCAAUGAUGGCAGAGAGAUUGGGAAUGUAUUCCGAGGCAAUUUAUUGGUCUGGGUUCGAGCACGCUCAGGUCUCACCACUGCAGAUCUUGCACCAGCUGCCUUUUGGUUAAUCAAUCCAAACAAUACUCUGGAACAUAAUGCCGUCGUCGGAUGUACUCACUAUGGUUAUUGGUAUCAAUUACUUCUUAUCACUUACGAAUUGUCAAAUGAUGCCACGGAAGAAUACUAUUCAUAUAAACAGCCAUUUGGUGGUUUUUACAAUAAUAGUGUGCACAGCACAGGUUUACACGGCGUGCGGAUCUAUCCUCAAUACGCACCGACUAUGUCAGGCAGUCCGCUUGACGAUAGUUCGCUGAAAAUUACUUUUGAAGGAGUCGUGUCUUGGAAAAAUAGAAAAGGCAUUGAAUAUUCUUUGACAAAACUUGUACAAACCAAAGAUGCGAUCGUUUUCGACAACAUAGAUGCGAGUAUUAGUUACAUCUCUGUGUUUUCUCAAGAAAACUUCUAUUAUUCGACAAUUAUUCCAAGAUCUUAUGAUAUUGAAAACAGUUCGUCUGUAAUCAAUUCUAUCAUCGUUGGCUACUCUAAUGCCUCGAAUGAAAGCAUACCGGAAUCAACAGUCGGUCUAAUCAUUCCUGGCGACCGUGGCGUUCGGGUUUAUAACGUCACAUUUGUCAAUUUUGUGCACGACAGUAUGGUAGCUAUUCUUGGGCCAACUCUUACUGAGCCGUGCAGAGAUCGAUGUGCAGGUUACACAACAAAAUUUGCGAAUAUGUCUUUUAUAAAUGUGCAAGUUCGUGCGAAGUUUCGAUGGGAUUACGACGGUUUGUACACUGAUGAAGAUGGAACAUUAACUAGCCAGAAUGAAUCAAUGACUGUACAAGCACAAAAUGGUCUGAACAAUGAUUCGCAUACAUGCGCAUCAGCACCUCUGUUUGAAAAUGCUGUUCAAUGUCCACAACCAAAUGGAUCAUGGAUUCGCAUGACUUUAACCGAGAAUUCGAAUGCUUACGGUUAUAUAAACAGUGGACCAUUGAUCAUAACUGAUGAAGACAACCACGUAACAUAUGUACCAUGGACGGAAGGAGGACUUUCUUAUGCUCGCGGUUAUGUCACAGCAUUACAAGUAAAUCGAACGUAUCAACUUAGCUUUAGCAACUCACGAAGCUGGCUGUAUACCGCAUAUUGGAUUACUCUUUAUGAUAUGACGCCAGGUGAUUAUAUUAUUAUCAAACAUUAUAUGGAUAGUAAACCUGAUGAUCGAUAUUUGAUCUCACCAAUGGUCUUUUAUCCUAGUUUGAUUUUUAAUGGUGCUUCAUCAUAUGACAAUGAGAGCAAAAUAUUCUCGUAUAUCAUUACACGCCCAGAGACCUACUAUGCCCUAUACGAUAAUCAGCUGCGAGUUAACUUUUACAAAUCCGUAAGCUCUGGCGGCAGCGGCAGCUGCACCGGCUGCGGUGGCGGCGGUGGUGGUUAUGGUGGCGGCGGUGGCGGUGGCGGAUACAUACCUCAAACAGAGUGUUCCUCUCCGACGACAAGAUACUGGUCGAACAAUACUCACUGGACAGAACAGCAAGAGUAUCCAAAUUGGUAUAAACAAAAACCAGGUGACUAUCAAAAUAUUGUUAUUCCUUGGUGUUAUAAAAUGAUUAUUGAUUAUCCACUGCCGCGUAUUCGAAUGUUAAGAAUCGAAGGUACUCUCGAAUUCCAACAGGGAAGAAGCCAUAUUAUGUAUGUUGAUAACAUCCUUAUUGAUGGUGGACGGUUAAUUGCUGGUACAGAACAGAGUCCGUUCAUUGGACGCAUCGAUAUAAUCUUACCAGCCAACGGUACAAUCAACAGUACUUUAACUAAUAUAUCACGAUCCACUUAUACAACAAACUCUAUUGAUCAAAGUGGAAUCGAUUUGCAUGGAUUAGCGCGAAGUGUCAUAUGGACACGUAUUGCUGAUACUGCACAAGCAGGCAACUAUACCAUUACAUUGAGUGUGUCAGUUGAUUGGCAAGUAGGUGAUGAAUUUGUAAUAACAACAACCGAUAGCAGUGUGUCACACACGGAAAGACAUCGUAUUGCUGAGAUAAUAAAUGGAACGAUUAUACGUACGACGAACCCAUUGAGUUAUACCCAUCAUGUGAUUCGACAUUCAUUUGCCAAUGGGUCGUCUGUUUAUGUCGCCGCUGCCGUUGGUCUACUAACACGCNCAUUGAGUGUGUCAGUUGAUUGGCAAGUAGGUGAUGAAUUUGUAAUAACAACAACCGAUAGCAGUGUGUCACACACGGAAAGACAUCGUAUUGCUGAGAUAAUAAAUGGAACGAUUAUACGUACGACGAACCCAUUGAGUUAUACCCAUCAUGUGAUUCGACAUUCAUUUGCCAAUGGGUCGUCUGCUUAUGUCGCCGCUGCCGUUGGUCUACUGACACGCAAUAUACGUGUGCUUAGCAGUAAUUCUCAAUCGAGUCUAGCCGGCGUGAAAAUUUCUAUUACUAAUACUACAUCAAUUUACAGACCUGACAUUCUCCAUGUUAGCCUAUCAAAUGUACAGUUCAUUGGCUUUGGACAAUUUAGUGACGCAUUGAAAAAUGAUGAAAAUUCAGGUAUAUUCAUCAAUAGUAUAAAUGCAUCGAAAUCUCGAUGGCGUACGUACAUUCGUGAUUGUUCGUUCGAUGGCGGAUUUAAUGUUGCAAUAAGCCUUAAAAGUACGCAUUCCGUGUCAAUUUCAAAUAAUGUUAUCUAUAAUACAUACCGAUCUGCUCUCGUAAUUACUGGAAGAAAUAAUCUUAUCGACAGAAAUUUGAUCACAACUAUAUAUUGGAGUGGUACGGCUCAAGCUCGUUCAGUAGCUGAAAAGAAUGCAAACUACGAUGCAGCAAUUACAUCCCAUAAAAGCACCAGCGUGACUAUGACAAACAACUUAGUCGCAGGCGUAGAACGAUUAGCUUUUCGUAUCAAUGGUGAUGUAUGUCCUGGUGUGGUUAUUCCCAGACAAUUCACGAAUGUCCAUUCGAACAAUGAAGUUCAUUCAGCAAUGGCCGGUGUCAGCAUUUGGCCAGACGAUCGAGGAUCUGUUUUUGACCGACAAUGUAUUCUUAUUAAAGAAUUCAAAGUUUACAAAGCAUGGUACUAUGGUUUCUAUCUCAAUACGAAUCGAAAUAUAACUAUCGAUUCAUGUGCAUCGAUAGAUAAUUAUGUUGGCAUAUUUGCAUUUGUCAUUGGACCACCGGCUGAACGGCAUCAAAUCCUUCCCAGCCGUGUUAGAAUACGAAAUUCAGUUGUCAUCGGCUCAAUAACACCAAAUGACUGUAAUGACAAAAUCAAUUUCAACUCUGCGAAUGUUCGAUAUUCAACGAUAGCAAUGCCUACUGUAUCACAAGAUCCACUUGUGACUGGAAAUGGUAGUAGAGCUGGUAUUGUCUUUCCGCUUUUCGCCAGAGAUAACGGCAUGCCCGAACAAAGCUGGACAGGAACAGUUUCUAAUCCUAGUCUGGAUGGAUCGACGUCGAUUACAAAUACGAUUCUUGGAUUCUUCAAUGAUAUCUGUGGUCGACAUGACACGGCUAUUCAAGUGCCUCAAAGUAACACUGAUGCCAAAUUCCCUAUUGAAACAAGUUCGAUAUUUCGCUACAAUUUAUCGGACUUCAACGUGAUCUUUAACGGCAAACCCGACGUAAGCGAACAUAAUCCUCUCGUUUGCAAUGCUAUGUAUUGUGAUGGCCGAAAGAAGACUUUACUCAAGGAUCUCGAUGGCACUUUAUUUGGUACAUCUACUAGUGCCAUUUCACAAGCAGAGAUUGUUUGGAAUGUCUUAGAGGAUCGUACUACGGACACAGAGAUUCCGGUGGCGGCAAGAACUGAUAUAUCAGUAUUUGAUGCUCUGCUCAAUCAGCNACGUCAGCUCUCACCUGUGGCGUUGUUGUCUGAUAGCGGCUAUAUUGAUCUAAUUAGUGGACCUCGACAUUAUGGCCUUCGUCCUAGUUCAGAAAACUCGUAUGCAACACGUUUAUCAACAUUCAUGGCACUUGUUCAUUCAAAUAUGACUUACAAAAUUUAUUUUCAUGAAUAUCCACCAAAACACCUACGUUUUCGUUUAAUCAACGCAAAUUCAUCAGUUCGAUGUAUUCUAGCUGUUUACUACAACUCAUUUCAACAGAUAGAUAUCUAUGCUAAUGGCACAUACGUGUCGCCAACUAAUCGUAAUCAAUCCAGUAUUUUUGUAUUACUCGAUGAACCCAACAAAGUUAAUCUAUCCUCGCCGGUUGGAGCCAACUAUUUCGAUAGAACUUAUCGAUUGGUCUAUUUCCUAAUCACGGGUAACAUUACGAUCGAACUGAAAGAAUCAUCCCUGCUGAUUCUUGGUUUUGGAUUACCACCAUUGAAUGACUCGACAUUCUAUACUGAUCAUCUUGCUACUAACUUAGCUGCCGUAUUCGGUUUCGAUGCGGUCAAAAUUCGACGUGUGAAAAUCGUGAGAGAAUCUCGUAUAAGUAGUCGUAGUUUCAAAAAUGAAGAAUUGGAUAUGAUGUAUGUCGAAAUACGUGACGAACCUCGGCCUACUUCAAGUUCCACUAGUAGUAUAAGCUCAGAGGUUGUAUCGAUAAUUGCUGCAAAAAUCAUCAAUAGUUAUCAAACAGGUGAACUGACUCAGAUUUGGAAAGAUCGUAACUUCACCGGCGAUGCCAUUCCCACUACUAUGCACGUACAAGAACCUUUCAAUCAUUCGAGCAUCAAUUUACGUGUUAUCAACCGAACUGAACUCCGAACAGUACCCGACGAAUGUCGUCAACAAAGUCCAUGUACUAUCCAACCAGUUCUCGUGGCGUACGAUUCCGAAGGUAAUGUCAUUGAAAAGUUAGGUUCGAACGAUCGACCUUGGCAAGUCAAAGCGAUGAUUGUCAAUCAACCAAAUAUAACUUUACCGGGUGCGAUAGCUAAUUAUACCGACGGACAAACACAAGUUACACUCUUUGGUUUACCGAAUAUUGGCUCGUUUCAAGUUCAGUUCACCUUUAUCCAACCCGAUGGCGUUAACAGUUCCUUUUUUCAAACGGCAAAUCUUACGGUUCGAACUGAUCCCAUUACUGUAACAAAUGCCACUUUGGCUGGUCAACAAAUCAACAAUGUCUACAUAGUCGAUAUUGGGGGAACAUUUGAUAUUUCUGUCAUGCUUAUUGAUAAUGUCACUCGUCGUCAAAUAGGACAAACGCAAUGGGACGAUUGGAAAUGGACAGCCAAUGUCACAUUGUAUCCUCUACCAAAAUUUCAACCUCAAGGUACAUUAAGUAAACGUAAUAGUUCGAGAUCUUUGCUCAGUCGACCAACAAAACCUGUUAGCAUACCGGAUUUGACCAUCGAUGGUCUUGUGCUACCAANUGUAAUAACAACAACCGAUAGCAGUGUGUCACACACGGAAAGACAUCGUAUUGCUGAGAUAAUAAAUGGAACGAUUAUACGUACGACGAACCCAUUGAGUUAUACCCAUCAUGUGAUUCGACAUUCAUUUGCCAAUGGGUCGUCUGUUUAUGUCGCCGCUGCCGUUGGUCUACUAACACGCAAUAUACGUGUGCUUAGCAGUAAUUCUCAAUCGAGUCUGGCCGGCGUGAAAAUUUCUAUUACUAAUACUACAUCAAUUUACAGACCUGACAUUCUCCAUGUUAGUCUAUCAAAUGUACAGUUCAUUGGCUUUGGACAAUUUAGUGAUGCAUUGAAAAAUGAUGAAAAUUCAGGUAUAUUCAUCAAUAGUAUAAAUGCAUCGAAAUCUCGAUGGCCUACGUACAUUCGUGGUUGUUCGUUCGAUGGCGGAUUUAACGUUGCAAUAAGUCUUAAAAGUACGCAUUUCGUGUCAAUUUCAAAUAAUGUUAUCUAUAAUACAUACCGAUCUGCUCUCGUAAUUACUGGAAGAAAUAAUAUUAUCGACAGAAAUUUGAUCACAACUAUAUAUUGGAGUGGUACGGCUCAAACUCGUUCAGUGGCUGAAAAGAAUGCAAACUACGAUGCAGCAAUUGCAUCCCAUAAAAGCACCAGCGUGACUAUGACAAACAACUUAGUCGCAGGCGUAGAACGAUUAGCUUUUCGUAUUAAUGGUGAUGUAUGCCCCGGUGUGGUUAUUCCCAGACAAUUCACGAAUGUCCAUUCGAACAAUGAAGUUCAUUCAGCCAUGGCCGGUGUCAGCAUUUGGCCAGAUGAUCGAGGAUCUGUUUUUGACCGACAAUGUAUUCUUAUCAAAGAAUUCAAAGUUUACAAAGCAUGGUACUAUGGUUUCUAUCUAAAUACGAAUCGAAAUAUAACUAUCGAUUCAUGUGCAUCAAUAGAUAAUUAUGUUGGCAUAUUUGCAUUUGUCAUUGGACCGCCGGCUGAACUGCAUCAAAUCCUGCGCAGCCGUGUUAGAAUACAAAAUUCAGUCGUCAUCGGCUCAAUAACACCAAAUGACUGUAAUGACAAAAUCAAUUUCAACUCUGCGAAUGUUCGAUAUUCAACGAUAGCAAUGCCUACUGUAUCACAAGAUGCACUUGUGACUGGAAAUGGUAGUAGAGCUGGUAUUGUCUUUCCGCUUUUCGCCAGAGAUAACGGCAUGCCCGAACAAAGUUGGACAGGAACAGUUUCUAAUCCUAGUUUGGAUGGAUCGACGUCGAUUACAAAUACGAUUCUUGCCUUCUUCAAUGAUGUCUGUGGUCGACAUGACACGGCUAUUCAAGUGCCUCAAGGUAAUACUGAUGCCAAAUUCCCUAUUGAAGCAAGUUCGAUAUUUCGCUACAAUUUAUCCGAUUUCAACGUGAUCUUUAACGGCAAACCAGACACAAGCGAACAGAAUCCUCUCGUUUGCAAUGCUAUGUAUUGUGAUGGCCGAAAGAAGACUUUACUCAAGGAUCUCGACGGCACUUUAUUUGGUACAUCUACUAGUGCCAUUUCACAAGCGGAGAUUGUUUGGAAUGUCGUAGAGCAUGAUGGUACUACUGACACACAGAUUCCGGUGGCGGCAAGAACUGAUAUAUCAGGUCAAAUAAUUAACAUUUCUGCCACUUAUCCAUAUCGUGGCAUUGCUCGUAGUAUUUCAUGCUCUGCUCAAUCAGCAUCGACCAUUAACUUGUGUGAUUACAAGACCGACUAUUAUCCAUUAAUCAUUGAGAGUAUGGACUCAGAUAGUGAAACACGUUCGCUCUCACCUGUGGCGUUGUUGUCUGAUAGCGGCUAUAUUGAUCUAAUUAGUGGACCUCGACAUUAUGGCCUUCGUCCUAGUUCAGAAAACUCGUAUGCAACACGUUUAUCAACAUUCAUGGCACUUGUUCAUUCAAAUAUGACUUACAAAAUUUAUUUUCAUGAAUAUCCACCAAAACACCUACGUUUUCGUUUAAUCAACGCAAAUUCAUCAGCUCGAUGUAUUCUAGCUGUUUACUACAACUCACUCCAACAAAUUGAUAUCUAUGCUAAUGGCACAUACGUGUCGCCAACUAAUCGUAAUCAAUCCAGCAUUCUUGUAUUACUCGAUGAACCCAACAAAGUUAAUCUAUCCUCGCCGGUUGGAGCCAACUAUUUCGAUAGAACUUAUCGAUUGGUCUAUUUCCUAAUCACGGGUAACAUUACGAUCGAACUGAAAGAAUCAUCGCUGCUGAUUCUUGGUUUUGGACUACCGCCAUUGAAUGACUCGACAUUCUAUACUGAUAAUCUUGCUACUAACUUAGCUGCCGUAUUCAAUUUCGAUCCGCUCAAAAUUCGACGUGUGAAAAUCGUGAGAGAAUCUCGUACAAGUAGUCGUAGUUUCAAAAAUGAAGAAUUGGAUAUGAUGUAUGUCGAAAUACGUGACGAACCUAGGCCUACUUCAAGUUCCACUAGUAGUAUAAGCUCAGAGGUUGUAUCGAUAAUUGCUGCAAAAAUCAUCAAUAGUUAUCAAACAGGUGAACUGACUCAGAUUUGGAAAGAUCGCAACUUCACCGGCGAUACCAUUCCCACUACUUUGGACGUACAAGAACCUUUCAAUCAUUCGAGCAUCAAUUUACGUGUUAUCAAUCGAACUGAACUCCGAACAGUACCCGACGAAUGUCGUCAACAAAGUCCAUGUACUAUCCAACCAGUUCUCGUUGCGUACGAUUCGGAAGGUAAUGUCAUUGAAAAGUUAGGUUCGAACGAUCGACCUUGGCAAGUCAAAGCAACGAUUGUCAAUCAACCAAAUAUAACUUUACCGGGUGCGAUAGCUAAUUAUACCGACGGACAAACACAAUUUACACUCUUUGCUUUACCGAAUAUUGGCUCGUUUCAAGUUCAGUUCACCUUUAUCCAACCCGAUGGCGUUAACAGUUCCUUUUUUCAAACGGCAAAUCUUACGGUUCGAAGUGAUCCCAUUACUGUAACAAAUGCCACUUUGGCUGGUCAACAAAUCAACAAUGUCUACAUAGUCGAUAUUGGGGGAACAUUUGAUAUUUUUGUCAUGCUUAUUGAUAAUGUCACUCGUCGUCAAAUAGGACAAACGCAAUGGGACGAUUGGAAAUGGACAGCCAAUGUCACAUUGUAUCCUCUACCAAAAUUUCAACCUCAAGGUACAGUAAGCAAACGUAAUAGUUCGAGAUCUUUGCUCAGUCGACCAACAAAACCUGUUAGCAUACCGGAUUUGACCAUCGAUGGUCUUGGUAUGUUCAUCCUUAACAUUUCUUUAAUAUCAACAAAUCGGCAAUAUGUUGUGACGUUGAUGUCCACUGGUAUUCUUGUCAAAAAUCCCAGUGCUAUCAAUAAUGAUAUCGAUAAUUAUGUUGAAAAUAGUUUCGUUACUGAUGUCAAUCAUUUGGCGAGUAAUAUAACAUUUGUGAAUAAUUAUGAUCAACUCAAAGCUUCGAAUCAACUUGAAAUCAAACGAGCAAUGAUUUACAAUUAUUUAUUAAGCAUCGGCAUGCCAUUGAUUAGUGAUGUUGUUUUGAGAGAAGGAGAGAUGGUUGUUUUGUUCCAAGUUGAUACACUUGCUGUUGAUAUUUCUCUUGCUGUAUCCUCUAUCUUAUCAAAUCCCAAUGUCAUACCUGAUUUGACUGUUUCUUCCGUGAAUAUCAAUGGUCGUUCCUAUUUGGUUUCAUCUGCGAGUCAAAAUACACAGGCAAACGAGGAAAAUAAAACCGGCCUUCUUGUUGGCAUUCUCGUCGGCGUGAUUGUCAUUAUUAUCAUAGCUGGUAUAUUUAUAGCUGUAUAUAUCCGUAACAGAAGACAAAAACUGAGAAACAAUAAAUAUUUAGCAGAUGGACUUCAUAUUGGACAACCCAUGGAUGCAGUCAUACAAGAACUUAAAGAACUUAAUCUGGAAAAAAUCGAGUAG